GUUCAGCUUCUAGUAUUAUUUCGGAAUCCUUUUUUUCUUCAUCGAAUUCCUUAUACUCGUCCUCUCUUCUUCUUUCAAUGUUCUCUCUUCUUUUGAGUCCACGGGCGGUUGGUUUUCAGGUGGCUGGUUCCCCUUAUUCGAUUCCAUCCUCGUCUUAUAUUCCGUUUCCCUUUUGUCUUCUUGGACGAAAAAGACAUCUAUCUACAGACCACUGCAUUCAGGGUUUACUUCUGCUUCCAUCGAUAUGGCUGGCUUGCUCGAUAACACGCUGCCUAUUAGCCGGUCGACUCGGCAGCCCAUCAUCAGUCCCACCCCGCGCGACGAGGAGGAUGACGAGUCCAUGCCAACACCUACACUCGAGCCUACAUCUUCGCCUAUACCUACCCAGGGUGGCGUCGAGGAUAACUCGGCUGCUGGUACGACAGUCGACUCGGUAGCCGAACCUACCCAAGGGCCGUCAGGGGCGGCAAACGACGACGACAAUGACAACGACAACGACAAUGACGACAACGAGGACGAGGACGAUGACAGAUGGCAAGGACAGGGGAGGGAGGAGAGAAAAGAUGCAAAUGAAGAGACGCAGGACGAGAAGACCCAAGGGGAACAAUCACAGUCCUCGAGUCUUACUCUCACACCGUCGGAUUCCUCCGCAGACCAACCGAGUCAGAAGCCGUCAACCAUACCACCGACAACAUUAGUCACCUCCGCUCUCCCUUUCGAAAUCAGACCAUCGUCGUCGGGACCCUCCCUUGAAGUCGGACUCACCACGCAGACAUCCGCCGACGCCGAAGACCCCACCGCCCCUCCGAACAACAGCAUUGACGUCGUCCCUUCGGAAGACGAGGAACUCAUCGUGGUACCAUCCCCAACAACGCCCCUCCCUCUCCCGCAACAGCAAACAACAGUAGCCGAUCAUCAUGCGCAUUUACUACAGCCCAUCCCUUCUUUUGGCGACAGCAGCAGCAGCAGCAGCAGCAGCAGCAGAAUCAGCGGAGGGGACGGACCAAGCACGGCGACGGGGACGGAAGCAGACUACGGCGCGGCCGCUACGGCCCUCAGCGCGCCGCCGGACGGGAGCGGCGGCAGCGGCAGCGGCAGCGGUGGGGGGAUACCUUCCGGCCUGAUGCCGGCGCUGCCCAUCUCGCUGGGCCUGGCGGGUGGGGUCCUCGUGUUGGCUGUGCUGGUGGGGACGCUGUAUAAGAGGAACGCAUGGCCUUUCCGCGGUAGGAGGCGGGAGGGAGGGGAUUUCGAGAGUGUGGUGGAGGGGGAGGAGGGGCGGGAGAUGGAGAAGCGGCAGAGGAUGAAGUGGGAUCCGAGAGUGAGUCGGGGUUGGAAUGGGAAUGUGCAUUCUUAGUACUUGGAUAUUUACUUUGUUGGCGGGGCGAGGGGAAGACAGAUGCGGUAAGGGGCUUGAUGGUUGUUCAGCAAAAAGGGGGAGUGAGUCGAGUUGUGAGUCGUGGCAGGUGUUGG